UGUUCCUCGCGCGCGUGACCACCGUAGCCAUGGUCGGACUCGGGGCUGCUUUCCGCCGCCUUGGUGCCUUGUCUGGAGCUGGGGCCCUCGGCUUGGCUUCCUACGGGGCGCACGGCGCUCAGUUCCCGGACGCCUACGGGAAGGAGCUCUUUGAUAAGACCAACAAACACCAUUUCAUACACAGCCUGGCCCUUUUAGGGGUACCUCAUUGCAGAAAACCUCUCUGGGCCGGGUUGCUGCUAGCCUCUGGAACCACCUUAUUCUGCACCAGCUUUUACUACCAGGCUCUGAGUGGAGACUCUAGCAUCCAGAUGUUGGGCCCAGUGGGAGGGAGCCUGUUACUCAUAGGCUGGCUUGCCUUGGCUCUUUGAGGUCUCUUCUGUUUAAUUACUAAUAUAUCUGGGUAAUUUGGGGGAGAGUUGGGGUAGAAAGGGGAUUAAAAGAGAAAAGCAAAUGAAGAACUUMGGAAUUUUUG